AAAGAUAUUGCUGCAGUUGUUUAUAUACAGUAUACACGCGAGUGUGUCAGUGAUUACAGUUUACAGCUUAGCUGGUUUUUAGCGUUUGUAUGUUACUAUGGAUAUAAACGCUACAGUCGGCGCUUGUUUCCUGGGACAGUGUGUGCUAUGUGUAUUUAAUUAAGAAAGUACUUGUAUGAUUAUCGUGACUGGUUCUAUAACGUUUCAAGUUUCAGCUCUAGUUUUUUUCAACCUCAUAUUACCUUUCAAAUUGUUUUACUGUUGCUAAACUGGUAGCCGAAAAUCAAGGGCUCUUUUAAACCGUUUUGCCUUGUGAAAUCAACAAUGGUUCGGCACCUGAUUCAAAAUUAAAAUUACAAAGAAGGGUAGUAGUCUCUAAUACUACUGCCUGUUGCUGCAUUUAUUAAUUAAAUAUGAGCUGGUUUCCUUGUAGCGCAUAGGCAGCGUAUAUUCUGAGUAAGCAUCUAUCAUGGCAGAGAGAGAAGCAGAAAGUGAAAAAUCGAAGACGGAGGCAGCUUCUACUCCUGUGAUUUCGGAGCAGGAAAGGGAAUGGGCACAGGCAGCAUUAGCAGACUUUAAUAAAGGAAAUUUUUCGUCAUGCAUUCAGUACCUAGCAAAAUUAGAAGCGGCUCGACCACAGGAUAUUAAAGUGUUGCAUAACAAAGCAGUGGCAGAGUAUUACAAAAGUGAACUAAAGAAAACGGAUCUAUUCCGCAAAAAUAUGAAUUUAGUUUGCUCUCAGGCUCAUAUCAACAUUGAAGACCUGGAUUCAUUAGAAGAUGUAGAACAUUGUGUUAUAUAUUAUAACCAAGCUGUUCUCUUAUACCACCUGAAGCAGUAUCAUGCAGCACUCAAAAUCAUGAACAAAAUUUUCAGCUUUAUUGAACCAAUGGAAGAAAGUCUUGCCCAUCGUGUGUGUCUUCUUGUUGUUGAGCUGCACUUAUGCACAUAUCAGCCAGAGAAAGCUUUAACCCUGAUUGCAUACAUUGAAAACCAGUUUGUUUCAACAGACACUGUAAUAUCUUCUGAAAAGGAGAUUAAACCUUUAGAAAAGGAACACAAAGAAAAAAAGACUGUUUCAGUUGAUGCAGCUACAGAUGCAUUCCAUUUGAAAUUAUUACAAUACAGAGCUCGUUGUUUCCUUCUCACUCACACAUUGAAAGCAUGCAAAAGGGAAAUUAAGAACUUAGUUACAUCUGGAGGAAGGACAAUGGCAACUGCUUUUCUGAAAGGGAAUCUGGAAUAUCUGAGAGGAAAUUACAGAAAAGCUAUAAAAGCCUUAAGCUCUGUCCCACAGAACACACUAGCAUUUAAGGAUUGUGGUGAAUCUACUUCAGUGUUGUUUUAUAACAACAAUGGAUGCAUUCAUCAUUAUAUGGGCAAACCAAAUCUUGCCUGCUUUUACAUGCAGAAAGCUUUCCAGGAAAAUGAAAAUGCCUUGAAUAGCCUGUCAAAACCAGAACCUGUGGAACCAUAUUCUGGCAGGCCUCUGUUUACACUGGGCUCAUCUCGUUUCUAUGAACUGAAGUACAAUCUGGGCAUUUGUCUUCUGCAUGCAGGAAAAGCUGUUCAGGCAUUUGAUUGCCUCAUUGAUGCAGUCCAAGUGUAUCAUAUGAACCCAAGGCUAUGGUUGCGUCUUGCUGAGUGCUGUAUUAUGGCACAUAAAUCUAGUAAUGAGCACGACUUCAACAUCCACGCGCGACGGAAGGAUCUAGUGCAAAAAGUUAUCGGUGCUGGCUGCCAUCGGAAAAUUGUACUGGCCUCAUCGCUCAAUGCCAGUGAACAGCACGCACAACAAGAGAAUCAGUCUGCGUCUGUUCCUUCAAUUACACUGGAAUUUGCAGCCCUCUGCCUUCGCAACACAUUAGUUCUUCUCCCAGCACUUGAGGCUGCCAGUAGCAUCGUUCCUCCUCUUACAACUGAUACAGUCUCAGUAACAGACAAUACAGUUUCAGGUGAAACUUGCUCUGUAGGUGCAGGUGCAAAUAGCCUUGAUGGCAUACCACCUACACCAGCUGGAGUUUAUGCUGCACCUACAGCCCCAAUGGCACAGCAUGAGGUAGCGUCAUUACGAUGUUCUACACUAGCAGCAGCUGCAUAUGUGUCUUUGUGCCUGGGAGAUUGUAUAACAGCUCUACAGCAUAGUAGAAAUUUGCUUAAACAGCCUCGUCUCUCAGGAGCACAUCAAUUGUUGGGGCAUCUUUACUGUGCAGAAGCUCUUAUACUUCUCGACAAGAUUUCUGAAGCUGUUGAACAUCUGCAGCCAGACUGUGUGAAGGAUUUGUCCCUCAUUUCACCAGCUGUAGAAAAGGAAGGUGAAAAGGAUAAAUAUGAUGUAAUGACUGACCAGUCAAAACCAUUAAAACAAUGGUUUCCAACAUCAGUCCCAACAGCUAGGGUGGUGCUACAGUAUAAUUUAGCAGUUGCUUUUGCGAUUCGUGGAGAACUGGACAAAGCUGGUGAAACACUAAAACAGGUCUGGAUGUCAAAGAGCCCAUCCUGUGAUGUUCCUAUACAUGCUAUAAUGCUUGCACUCUACAUAGAAUUGCAAUUAGGUCAUGCUGAUGUUGCAAGGUCUAUCCUGAAACAACAUUCACCACAAUAUAGAUGAGCGCAGUACAGGGUAACUGCUGUUCUUGUGGACAAUGCAUGGUCCAGUCCAACUUUUUCCUCAUAAUCGUACUCAUGUUAAAAAGAAGUGUACUUGCUGUGAUAGUUAUUCACAUGAAUGCCACUUAAGCUGUGUAAAGUAAGUAAUAUUGAUAUGAAGAAAGUUACACUUCUGUUGCAAUUUUAUACAAAAAUGCUUGUUUACAGUGAUAUAGAACAAGUGAUGAAAUGGAAUGUAAAAAUGUUUCUGUACUUAUAUUCAGUAAGUCACUAUUUUCUGCUUCCUCCUACCAACCCACAGAAUCUUUUCUUUGUGUGUGUAUGUAUGUGUACAUACACAUAUAUAUGUGCACGUGUGUGUGGGUGCUCUCUCUCUCUCUCUCUCUCUCUCUCUCUCACACACACACACACACACACACACACACACACACAGAGAGAGAGAGAGAGAGAGAGAGAGAGAGAGAGAGAGAGAGAGAGAGAGAGAGAGAGGUUGGAGCAUUGAUUGUGAUAACUGGCUUCGUAAGUGAUUUCCUAAUGUUCAUGGCUCAGGAUAGUCUUUAUUUGUCUUCCUAGUACUCAAAAGACGUGCAUGCUGUUUGAAGUAGACCUAUCGUCUUCCAUACAGUGAAUACCAAUGUUUCGUAUAAAAAUCCACAAAAUAGUGCUGUGGCAUAUGUGUUUUUUUGUAAAAAUAUCACAUUUCUUUUUAACAUUUUUGUAUGCCAGAAAGAUUGAUUUUAGUGUCUAACAUGAAAUAUUUGAGUGCUGGAAAUGUUGUUUCUAGGUCCACAAAUAUUUCAGCAGUAUUUCUAGCAGUGCCUGUAUACUUUCAUUUUAACAGUACAAAGGUGUUAUAUGGAGAUUGUCAUUAAGGAUAAGCUUACAUAUGGUAUAUGAAGAACAAAUAAGAUCAAAAAAUCAUUAGAAACAUUGUUAAUUGGCAAAAAUGUUGACUAAUGAAAUUGAAAAUUUUUUGUCAUGUUUCUUGUAAUUAAUUUCAUACAGUGUGUAGAGAUAUAUAGGAGAAAGAUUUCUUUAACAGUACAUGAACUUUUUAAACAGAUUUAUUUGUUGACAAUGUUAAAAUUUUAUGGAGGAAGUAAAAGCGUUGUUACUAAAAACGGACAAAAGUAUUCAUUCAUUAUUUGUUAAAAUGUGUCCAGUAAAACUGUUUUUUUUACCUUAUUAUUAUUAUUAUUAUUACUAUUUUCAUUGUUAUCUCUGAAAGUAUUGAUGUCUCUUCUGGUAACUGUCUCUUUUUGUAUGACAAAAGUACCAAAGGUAUGUGUAAAACUAUAUCUACAUAUAUAAAGGAACAGAAUGUUAAUACUAUAAGAAUAGUUUCCUGUUUGUACAUAUAUUUAUUACCAGUGCAGUAAUCUGAAGCUGUAAGAAAAAUGUUGGACUGCCACUUCAGGUGAAUAUAUAACAGCCUAUGUUUUGUGCAACAUGUCUAAACGGAAAUAAAAGUUGAACCGCAGUGUACAACUUCUUUGACUUUGUUGCGAGUGAGAGAUUGUCUUUGCUCAUACAGCUAUUUACAUUGCACUGGUCAUUCACUACUAUGAUUUAGUUGUGUCACAAUAUUAGCAAGGUUUAAAUCUGUUAAAUGGUAAGAAAUUUCAACUGAUUUCAAAACAUUCGUGGCCAAAAUUUAACUGAAUAUGAACUUCUGACAAAAGAAUAAAGCAGUACUCAAAUCGAAAA